AUGACUGCCCCUCUAUGGCCUUGGCGUUACCACCUAACCAAUAGGGAUACGGGAGACCGGGCCGGAUUGCGGGGAGUGAGCAGGUUCAGCAGUGACGGCAUUCUUAAGAGUCCUGCCCAAGUGAGGGACUUGGGGUGUGGGACAGAGUGGCCCCCAGGGCAGUGGGCGUUGGAAACUGAGAGGUCCUGCGAAGGAGGCUUGGGGAGGGGCUACGGUGACCAGGGAACGAGGCUAUACAGGACGUGUGGUCCUGGCAGCUGCUUCUGGCGAGGGCUUCAGGAAGCUUACAAUCAUGGUGAAAGCUGCACCUGCAGAUGCUGCUGCUGCCGCCCUCCUGCGAGGCCGUGGCGCCACGUGGCUGGAGGAGGAGCUGCAGCUGCCCUGAGUGCUGCCGCGUGUGCAGCUCUCCAGUGCGGCUGCAGCGCCACCGCGCGUUGCUUUCGACGCCGGAGUCCUUCGCAUGCGCAGCCAGCGCCCGGGCCUCAAGUGCCCCAGGACCUGGCGCAGCCCGCGAGCCCGCAUCAGGCUUCCAGUGGGCCCCGUGGGCAGUGCCAGCCUUUCCCACCUCCGCAUCUGGCAAAGCCUGGCCUUCGCUGCGUUUUGGUGUCGCCACGUGCCUUCUGGAAAUAUCACACCUCCCCACCUGCGCAUGUAGCCGUCUGGCCCUCUGUGGGCCUCGGUUCCCGCAUGUGCCCCGUGGAAAGAACACACCUUCCCCAACUAUCUGGCAGCGUCUGGCCUUCUCCGGGCCUCGGCCUCCCCAUUUGCUGGGUGGAGAAUCACGGCCCGGCCACAUCGGAGCCAAUGGCUGGUCUCUGGACCUCGGUCUCCACAUUUGCUCAGCCGGCAGGAACAUCCCUUCUCCCGCCCUCUACCUCGGUGGGUGGCCACGGCCGAACAGGCAGCGACGGCCCAGUGGAAAGAGGACAAACCCUUGUGGGCCUUAGGGCGAAGACGUAACUUUGCUUAGUCUCGGUUUAUUGGCCGAGCUCUUGUCAAGCGGCGGAAUCGUUCCGUUCGGGAGGUGGGAGGGGAGCGGGGCCGCCGGGGGCGGGCGUCUUCAGUGGACCCCACGCCUCCGGUCCCCUCCCCGCAGGGCGCUCCGCAGA